UUUGUCUGCCCAAUGGCAGACGUUCGAUUCACGCUUACGGUAUUUAAGCGUUAUACGGUGAUAGAUGUUCAGUUUAAGACAUUGUUCGCCCUUACGAGUCAGUUUCAUUACUUCUAUUUUGGAAUUAAUUUAUUGUCGGCAUUUUUAUGACGCGCUGUGUUACCAGCAGUGUGAUUCUCGGCUGCCUGUGUGCCGUGGUACUCCUCCACGUCACCAACGCCCAGGUCCAGCUUAAAGAACCAAAUGUGUGUGACAAUGCGACCAUUAAGAACACAGUUGGGUACAACCCCCAUCCAAGGGACUGCACCAUGUUUGUACAGUGUUUCUACGUGACCCGGGGGAAAGGCCAACCACCCAAGGUGGAGCCCGUAUACCGCAGCUGCGAGUAUGGCAUGUUAUGGGACCACAGCAAGCUCAGGUGUCUCCCCUCUUACAGGGUCGACUGCUCCAACGAUCUUUGCAAGAAGGGAGCGCCAUUCUACAAGCACAAGGACCCUAACAGGUGUGGCGCCUACUACGAGUGUGUUGAUGGAAAGCCGCACGCGCGCUGCUGCCCCAAGGGACAGGGAUUCCACCCGAGACGGGGCUGCAUCGAUAGCGCAUCUUGCACGGACAUGUGCCCAUUUGAGGAUCGCGUUCCAGGUUGCAAGCAGCGGCCUAUUUCUGGGGCGCCUACUAAGUACCAGCAGUACACGGACAACGGAAAGUGGGUGACUGAGAGGUGUCCCAGCGGCCGGAUGUUCAGUGCUGCUGACUGUGACUGUUCCAUCACGGGCCUCGUCAAAGUCGGCAGAGUAUGCAAGCCUGACGUUAAGAUGACGUUUGACGAUGGAACAAUACGUGACGUUUCUGGGAACAAUUACGACGUCAGAGGGGAGAAUGUGAUUACACAUGCGGGUGCCGCCUACUUUAGAGGGGACUCAAAACUUCUCGUGCAACCUUUGAGGCCAAGCGAACAUGACGAGGGCAACCUCAUCAUCAAAUUUAAAAUCAGGGAAGACGCUCGCAGAGGUUACCGGAAGCCAAUGCAAGCGCUCUUCACGAACGGUCACUGCGGGGAGGAAGCAACCGUGCUGAUACUCAAGGUGAAGGGACAGAUGAAGGGGCAGGCUAAAAAACAAACUCAGCACUUCAUGAAUAUGGGCGCAACUUCAGUCCGCAUGAAUACCACAAUCAACUUCGCCAUUAUAAACAAGCCAUGGACAGACGUGAUCUACGUGUUCGACGGAGUAAAGAUUGAGGGCCGUGUGUGUGGCGCCGUCAAAAGAGACUGGUGUGUCGGCGAUCUCAAGCAGACCUCUUGUGGCUUCCAGUUUGGAUACGCCGACGUCAUGGGAUUCAGUGGUUUUAUCGGACUCAUGGACGAGAUUGAAAUAUACCGCUGUAAGCCUCUGGAUACUGUGAUCAACGUAAACUAUUAGACGCCGAACAUAUGCCGGCUCAGUGCAAUUUUGUUUUAUAGACUUUGUUGACUUUUUUAAAACACUCCAACUUGUGAUAACUGUCGGUAUUCAUUGGCGUUUUUUCACCGUAUUACCAACAAUGUCCUUACAACUUUUAUUCCAGUCGUUUAAUUAAAAUGAACAUCUCCUUCUAACAAAAAAAAACAAGAUGAAAAAUACAAUAAUUAAUUAUAUUACUGCGUUUUGUGCCAUAACAUUUACCGUAAAGAGUAGUUUCCAAAUGGUGAACUAUUUCAGUUGAAAUGGAUAUAAAGUAAUGGAAUAUAAUGUAUACGGUGCUGUCGAAAGAAACAUCAAAAAAUGACACUAACACAAGGAAGGUUAAGAUAGUAAAUGACCCGACACAAACAACAACAACAACAACAGCAAUUGCUAAAAUAACAAGUACAAUAACAACAGCAACGAAGACAGCACAGUAAAAAUGUUCUAACAUUUGACAUCAAAUCAAUUUGAAAUAAAAUAAUGCAUAUCGAAAAUUACCGAUAUGCGGACACAAUAACGUAGAAGGGAUUCAAAGAUGAGGGACGUUAAACAAAACAUUUCAAUAUCUGGGCGAUUUAUUACGAUAUGUUGGUCUGAUCUUGGUCAGGGUGACAGCAGCGCUCCGUGCUUUAUUGGACCAGCCAGCCUGUGUUCCCACAUACAGCAAGGGGGGGGGGGGGGGGUCACAAAUAUCAGCUACAAUUUUAAAAAGCGAAUUUGCAUUCAUUCCUUAGGCGUAUUGAUGUUGUGAGGAUAACUCCACACAAAUACGGCAACAUAACAAUACAAAGUCGGAUAACAAUAGGCUAUGACAGCAAACCAUGUAUUUUAUUUGAAAGCGAAAGAACGAUAAAAGAUCAUGUUGGUUAUAAUAAAAUAUAUAUUUUGUGAGAUAAAGAGUAGUUACGCAUGACAUUGACAUUUUCACAGAAAAACAUCAAAUUAAAUUGGUCCCGUUUAUGGAUGUUAAUGAAUUACCCCAAUUAUGUCAUAAAUCGUAUACCACAUAACAUGUUGAUUUGCGUUGUAGCCAAUGGUUUGUUGGCGCAACAGAGCGUUGAACAUUAUUUUUUGUGACAGCAUAAUACAUUUUUAUUGCUACAUUCGUUAUCAUUCAUCACCAUUCAUGUAUAUUUAUUGUUCCCUCCCAUCAUUAUUCACAACAUGUACAAAAUGCUUGUGUUUACAAACUUAAUAAAGCUAUGUUUUGAACCAA